AUGACUCAAAACAAUCAGUCUACUGUGAUUCUUAUGCCUUUUUAAUCCAAAAACAAAACCCCCAAUUAGUUAAAUCCCUUCUAAUAUGAGUAAAAUACCAAAGCUUUGUCCUAUCUGAUGAACUGUAAGUCAUUAGGAAUUGCUAAUUAAUACUUAAGAAAACUCAGGAGACUCAAGAAGAGCAAGAAAGAGCAAAUUAUUACCAAGAGAAGACUCAAGAACUUCACAUCUUAGUUUGCUACUCAAAACUCUAGCCUCUAAGUCAAUAAGGAUCGAGGAUUUAAUGGUCAGGUUGACAAAGAGAAUAUUAGUCUGAACAUGCAGCAUCUUUAUAAAGCUGAGUUUGAUAACAUUUUAAAAAGCUAUCUCUAGCCAAAAUCAAAUCAUGAUUUGGUUUCCGACUUCAAUAAAGCUGUGCAAAUGAACGCAAACUUCGAUAUACUAUCAGAUAUUUUGGAUAAUAUUAGAUAGAAUCUGCCCAGAUCGAUAGAUGAGUUAAUGCUGGCAUUUACCUUUAUUCACCAAGAGGGACUUGCUAUCAGCAUUUCCCAAAUCCUAAACAAAUUGCAAAGCUAGAUUUACCAUCCACUGCUUGUAAGAUCUUUUUAAUAUUAAUUCAACAUAAAGGCAAAUAUCUUAUGGUUUAUGGAAGACAUCUGUGGUGCAGGAGAAAUAUAAGAGAAAGAUAUCUUGCAGGCAAAUAUCAUUGGCAGAGUUUCAUCAAUCUUCUAAGUUGUCAUCAAUGCAAUACAAAGAGCAUAAAUAAAUGAAAAUGAAAUAAAAUAUUUAGGCAGUAUCAUAUGCUCUUGCCUUACAAUGCUUAGUAACCUUGCUUGCUACAAUGGAAAAUGUAGAAAGUUCAACAUCCUUGGUUAAUUUUCUCAGAUUCUCAAUUUUUCUAUGAUCACUUCAAAUGAGACUUUUAUUGAUAUUGCAUCUUGGUUCUUACAUGCUGUUACACAAACUUUCGAUGUUCAAUUCAGUAGGCAAGUAGACUCUGACUUGCUAAUACCAUUCAUAGUAAAGUUGCUCUAUCUGCCCUAAAAUACAAAAAAUGAUGCUGAUGCCACUGAAAAUGCUUUAGAAUGCAUAUUGAACUUGACAGAUGCUUAGGGCAAUGCUUAAUGUGUCAGAAGAUUCGCUGAGUAUGACUAAAAAUGCGGUCUAUAGGACAAUUACCAACUUUUUAGUUGGAUUUACAACUCUACCAAGAGAAUGUAUCUUGCUUAGUGGAGCUCAAAAGCCUUUGAAAGAAUGAGGAAGAUUCUGACUAUUGUGAAUAACCUUCUUAGUUCAGAUGAAGAAGGGGAUAUUCAGUUUUUCUUGGAAAUGGGUCUCAGAUCUUUUAUCGCUGAAUUCUUGAACUGGAACAACCCCAGUGCUCUUCACUUUUGCUCAGAAUUUGAUGUCUAGAUAUGCGAGAUUCUUAAUAAUUUAGUGUGCUCAACAUCGUUCAGCCACGGAUAGCAAAUAUUUGAAGAUUAAACAGUCCCAGGAUUAGAACCUUAAGCUAUUUUAGAUAGAUAUGCGAGGUAUAUUACUUGCAAUGAUGUGAAACUAAGGAAGGAGAGCAUCUUGCUAUUUGCAAAUCUGUUAAUGUAUGUAGGCUAGGAAUACAAAGCAGCUUUGAUUAAUAACUAUGAGAUGAUCCCAUAGAUUCUGCAGCUGCUUAUGAAUGAAUAAAAUGCCAGUAUAAUCAGACUGGGAGUCGAGUUAAUUGAGUAUUGCUUAGUCAGAGAUACCAAGAAUUAUGACUGUGAUGAUGAAUCAGUGGAGCCUCAGAAUGUAGACAUGAGUUACUUGCAAAUUUUUAAUGCCUACAACGGAAUUGACAUCCUAGUUGACUUGAGAGACAAGUUCUAUCACAACAGAGACAUUAAUGAUUAGAUUUCAAGGUUUGAGCAGAAAUUCUUUAGACUUGAUGAAAAUGAUAUCUAUUUGAGCCAGAUAAAUUAGACUUCUCAAGUCUAAUGCAAUCAGAAUUUUAACAUUUGA